AAAAACUUUUAAAAAAUUACAUGAAGACAUAACUAUUACACAAAUUUAAUACAACAACACUAAUAGUAAGGUAAGUUUGAUCCGGAACCUUUAAAAUUUUCAAAUAUUGUCUAAUUUUUUUUUUAUGUAAUUGAAGAUGGUUGUUGUCGUCGUUGUUGUUGUUGUUGUUGUUGAUGAUGUCUUUACGUACAAUUUUUUCUCGUUCAGAUUCAAUAUAUUCACGAGUAUUAAUAUCAUCGAUAAAAAUUAGUCUUUUAAUAUUUUAUGUUUCUCUUUUACUUUCUUGUUCUGAUCUAAUGUAUUUAUAAGUAUUAAUAUCUUCCGAUUUCAACAAUUUUUAUCUCUAAUCUACAAAUUAAAAAUGACGAGAGCUAUUUUUACUUCGAAAUGCACUAGUAGAUCAUAUAUGCAUUACGAAAAUUACUUUAUGGAAUAAUAUGAUAUUUUACUUGAAGUUUAAUAUUAAUUAAGUUAUAUUUUUUAAAAUUUUAUAUUUUAAUAUAAUAUUUUAUUAAUUAAUAUUGUUGUAAUAUGUUUAUACAUGUGCUAGUUAUUUACAAAAGUUUUAUGAAUUCAAAUUAGUUAUGACAAAUAUAAGGAUCAUAUUAUAAAAUGCAAAUAGUUUUGAAGUAAAGUUUGAAAUUUUGUUUUUGGAGAAAAAUACCUUUAAACUUUAAAUAUAGAGUUUUGGAAACUUCAAAACAGAGUUCUUUUUUGGAGAUGCUCUAAUGUAACCUCUUAGGAUUCAUACAUUCUUGGGAUUUGGAGAGGGCAAUUAGUCUAUUUUAUCAAAUGUAGGGUGUGACUGUAUAUACCAUUUAGAGUAAAUAUUUACUCCCAAUUUAGUUUUUACUUUCAUUUUUAUCUUUCACCAGUUUAAUCUAAAAAUAAAGGUAACUAGAAUAAAUUAUUCCUUCACUUAAAACAUUUUCUAAUUUUUAAACAAUUAUUUCUUCUCUUUUCCACUUUCAUUUUUCCACCAUUUUACUUUCACAUUAUCUAAUCACACUUGUAAUACUAUGUCACUUUAGUAAUAUUCAUAUCUAUGGUCUCUUUUUUUUUUUUUGAAACUCUAUAUCUGUGGUCUCAACUUUCUUAAAUUUGGUAUAUUUUAUCAAUUAAAAAAUUUACGUUUGUUUAAAAUCUUAUGUAUAUCAAAUACUGAUACAAAAUCUAAAAGAAAAUAAUACUAUGUAUUUCCUCCUGGCAAGUUCCAAAUCAUUCACUUAUUCACUGACUUUUUUUUUUUGAAAAUGUACUUAUUCACUGACUUUAGUCGCUACCACUUAUUAACAAGCUGUAGACCAAUGAAUGCUUUAUUAUUUUUCUCUUCAGCUUUAUGAUGUUCUUGUUUCAUUUUCUCAUGAUGAUGGGCUUUAGUUUCCCCCGAGUUUCAUGUGACUCAAAUGUGAGAUGUAAGAACUAAGAAAUGGAGGUUUUUGAUACGGUCAAAUCUGCCAUUUGCCAAAUGGAAGACCAAAAUCAAAGAGCACUGAGAAUCGAUUAUUCUUUCACUAUCAUAAAUAUCCUUAAUAUUAGCCCAAAAAAAAUUCCACAAUGAUUUUGCAGAACUCUUUGGGCAUACUACCACUGUAUGAGCAGAGCACUAAACAUUACAUUUUUGGAUACAACAUAUAAUAACCAUUAGAACAAUUUUGUUAGACUUGAUUAUCGAUUGGAGUAGUAGAAUUGUAGUUCUUUUUAGUAAAUAUGUUUAAUUAGUCCUUUAGGAAGAAAAAAGCUAAUGUUCUACAGUUUGGUCAUUAAAAGCAUAAACGUCUAAAUUUUGACAAACAAAAUAAUUGCUUAACAGAAACAUACAUUUACAUCCUAUCAUUUGGUCAUUUAUAAACGUUUUAAAUGGUAAAACAAUUUUCUAAUGGAUUUUGUGGUUUAAUAUCGGUUUUCAGCUGUAUAAAAAUAAAAAACUUAGUUCAAUGGACAUCUAAACAAUCAUUACAAAAUACUAUAAGAAUGUUAAAAUUAACUGGUGGUCAAAUAUUUUAGACGCUAAACAAAAUUUGAACCUCCGAUUAAUAUACUACGUGUUUUAGAAACCUACAAAUUAAUUAAAUAGCUAUCAAUAUAAAAUGCUUAAGACAAGAGGAUAUCAAUCAAUAACAUUCUUGAUCAUGCAGUGGAUCAGAUCUUCUACAUGUACAAUCAUGAUUAAGAAAUAUAACUUUGCCGAUAAUAGUUAAGAAUUUGUACUUGAAAUAGACUGCAUACAAAUUAAGAAGAGAAAAAGAGAGGAGAAAGAGGGAGAGAGUAAAGAGAGAAAUAAAUGUCCCAUUGAUGAAUAUCGAGGACCAAUGGGGACCCAAAACAAGUCCCCCAAUUGAAUUCCAAAGUGGUAAAGAGAAGUUAUGGGGAUGUAUUUGCAAAUCAUGAACCAAUUGAUUAAGCUUUUUUCUUAACAUUGGUAACAAUUACAUCAUAUAAUCUCUAAUUUGAUUAAUAUGAUAAUUAACUACUUUCAAUAUAUGUAAUACUGAUGAACAACUCUACGGAUAAUGAUUCUAUACUUUCUCCGAAACACUUGAAUUGACGGACGGUUCUGCAUGUACGACAUCCUCGAUAAAUAUGAUUUAUUUUCAGCAGACGACCACAACGAACAGUUCUACCCGCAAUAUUCUAAAACAUCCGAUAAGCCUUGCAUCCUAUAAUAUGCAAGAAAUUGCGUUGUAUGGAAUUCGAACUCCAAACUUGGAUGUAGAAACUUUUAAACCUUAACCAUUAAUCUAAGGUGUUUCUACAAAUUAAACCAUUUUUCUGUGUUAUUUUUUUUAGAAAAAGCGCAAAAAAUGUGUGGCCAUAUAUUAGAAAGUAACAACACUUAUAUUUAUCAAUGAGGCACUUAAGCUUUCCUUAGGUGUUCCACAAUGUUGGCUAGUGGUGUCCAAAUAUGAAACUCAUUAUCUGAGUCCCUCCUUUUUAGUUUCCGCACGGGUGGAGUAUAAUAUAUAUUUUCCCAUGAAAUGAAAAACAAAAUUCAUUGGACAAGUUCUCUUAUCUAUGUUAAGUUUCAACUACAUAAAUCAUUAGACGCAUUGAUUAUUGUAAAAGUUUGUUACAAUUGAAUACUGUUGUAUGAGGAUAAGUUUGUAGUUGAAACUUGACGGUUUUUGGAGUUACUUAAACUUGGUAGAUAUGUGGUUGAUUAAAUGAUGUUCCAAUAAUUUGGUUUGAUAAAAGCUCGAGUUCCUGAGGAACACCCUCUCCUUUCAGUCGAGUCAUGACUUCGCCCUCAGGUGGGAGGAGAGCUUACUUAGAGAAAGAUUGAUUCUCCUAUGGACUUGGUGGACCUUGCAAUCGAGUUAUUGCAUAAUUAUCAUAAUUUUACAAAUAGAUAAAUACAGCAUCCAUCUGGUUAAAAGGGGAUCAAUCCACUAACUAGAUAUACUUUUAAUUCAGCUUAUAAUUUUACACGACGUACAAGUUAGUAACUAGAAACUAUACACUACCGAGUUACUAAUAUCAUACACGACGUACAAGUUAGCAUCGCUUUUAUACAUAUGUACAUGACUUGUAACUUACAAGUUGUAAGCUAGAUAUAAUAUACAUUCAUUUUAGCUUAUUGUUACAUGAUGGUUGUGACUCAUAAGAUGUGAACGAAAAGGAUUUUAACAUAGAGCAACAUUAAAUGUUUUCUCAUAAAUUAGUUAAAAUAGUUAUAUACACAAGACUAAAACUCCAAAGCUAGCUAGUGUUUUGUCGGUUUCUUCGCAAAUGGUGCAGACAAAAACAAAGAUUCUUUGUCAUUUUCCAACUAAUAAUCCUUUAUUUGUUGUCAAUUCCAACUAACAGAUCUUUUUUUAUUUUUGUGUUCUACAAGUAUCUUUUCCCUCUUUUUUUCUUUUUAAAUUUAAACCGUUUAUUGUUUUUCCACAACCUAGCUAGUGAAUAUAUGUGCCUAGUUACCAGUCCAUUUGCUUGGCAUCGGAUCUCUAACAUAUUCUUAAUGGCCAUUCCUCGAAUUUAUUAUAUUUAUCUUCUUUUUUUUAGAAAGGGUUAACUAUUAAUUUCAUAUAUUUAUCACUAAAGCUUUCCUUUGAGUCUUUUAAAAGGGUAAUUAACAUAUUUGUGUAGUUAGCAAACAGAAAACACACAUUUGAAUUUAUAUGAGAUCCUUACAAUCUAAUACAGUUUAUAUUAAUGAAUUUAAUCCGUUUACAAAUUGUAAAUAAAAUCAAUUAAAAAUAGUAGCUAAGAAACAAAAUACAUAUAUAAUAUAAUAUAAAAUUAAUGUCACCAUAAGCAACAUCUACUGGUGGGUUUUAAAUUUAAUUACAUAACUUAAUUAUAACAAUUUUCUGUGUAAACUAAACUAAUUAAGACAAAUAAAACAACACAUACAUACAUUUAUCAUUAAAACAAUCAUCUUACACAAGUAAACACAUAAAUUUGAAAAAAAGAAAUAUUGUUUUAUGUCAAAAUUACAAUUUUAUUAAAUAAUUAUUAACCAAAAAUACUUCUCCUAAAAUUGUAUUAUGCUAAAAUCUUUUAAUAUUUUUGUUUUGAAUAUAAAUUUUUUAUGAUUUAGUUUUUUUUUUACAGAUUAUUCUAUAAAACAUUCAAUUUUUUUUAUCAAUUAUAAAUAGAUUGAAUAUAUCUUAAGGCAUUUUAUUAUAAAAAUAUUAAAAAAUUUAACUGAUAUGAGAUAGUUUUACCAAAAAAACUAAUAAGAGAUAGAAUUACUCUAUUUAAAUGUUAUAUUAUAUCAAAUAAAACUAAAGCCAUUUUUAAACGUAUUACAUAAACAAAUGAGCAUAACUGAAAUAUAUUUGUACACAAAUUAAAUAUUAAGUUACAAAACCAAAAAUACAUAAAGUAUGUAAAAAGAUUAAAAAUUUUGUUAACUAAAAGUUUAUAUUAAUAUUGCUCAAGAAAAUAUGCUUUCACUAAAUUGUUGCAGAGAGAAAAUACUUGUAUGUUUCAUCUUUUUUUGUCUCAAUAUUUUCACAACUAAAAGCCCAUGUUCCAAAACGCAUGUUCUAUUAUAGAUCUGUUAUAUUUCAUUAGAACUAACAAGAUUAAGAAGAAUAAACAAAGAAGUUGAAAAAAAAAUAAAGAGAGGAAAAAUGGCCCUGAGAUUUGCAGGUAAAUUGUUGAAGACGAAGACAUUUUAGUCAUUUGACUUCAUUAAACCUAGAAAAACAAAAAAAGAAGUUCAAAAUAAACCUUUCUCAUUGCGAACUGCGGCCAUGCUCAUUACACAAUCUGAUAUUAACCAUUGGGCCAAGCACAACUACUGAAACAUUGCACAUAUUGAAUACUAGUGGUAUUCCGGCGCUACGCGCCGGGUUCGUAUGUUUUAUUUUCUAAUGAUUUUCUAAUGAGCUCAAUAUUUUUUUGAUAUUGGUUUAUUCUCUUUAUUGAUUUAUGAUAUUGUUUUGUAAGAGAUGUGUUACGUUUUGUUUUGAAUAGUGGUGUUUCGGUAAUGUUUGUUGUUUGACGGCCAUAUGGGCGUGAUAUGUGGGAGUCGUAUAUUUCUUAGGUGUAGCUAGCUUAUAAAUUAAGUUCUAAUGCAGUGAAAUGGAGCUUUGAUCUUUGCUGACCAAGAGGUUCAUAUUCAGCAUGUUAAGGCUUAGAAUUUUUUUUUUUUUUUGAAUACCAAAAAUUAAGCAAUUAGUCUUAGGUAAAUAACCUACGUUUUUAGAGUUUGUCAUAGUAUAACAUGGGUAUGUAAACUAUUUUAUUGUUUAAAUUUUGAGUUUUGUUGAAAUUUUUAUUUGUCGUUGGAUAUGAAGCUAAACGAUGACUUUAUAUAUGGGAAUCCUCUUAAUGAAACUUUGUAUAUUAUCAAUGUUGUCAAAGUAGAAGCACUUUUCUAGUUUUGAGUUUUGUUUCUAGUUUGCCUAUAAUAGUGAAAUAAAUUUUAAAAAGGAGUUUGACGUAAUAAGUUUGUUUUUCCCUUUAUACAAUGUUGACAUGCUUAAGAAUUAAAAAAAAUUAGUUACUUUUAUAUAAUAUAGAUUUUCUGGAUCGUAAGUUUUAAAUUCAACUGAAGCCUAUUUUUAUUAAGUGAAUCUUUGGGGGUUUUAUAGUUCUUUUAUGUCAAACGUCUUGUUAUAAUUUGAUUGAAUAUUACAUUAAUGUUUUUGAGAAGGAAUAUUUCAUUAUUUGUUUUUAUAUAUUUUGCAUAUUGUUUUUAGGUUCACUUAUUGAUUUAGGAAGUGAAGACGAAGCUUAACCUUGUAACAAAAAAAAGCACAAUUUGUUUUAACCACGAAUCCGUUGGAAUUAAAAGAUAAAUUGUAAACCAAACCACAUGCACUAAAUCUCAUUUAGUAAGCUUUGCAUCAACAAACGAUAGAAACGGCAUAGCAAUUAAGACUGGAAAGUGGAUUAUGGCUGUCAUAAGGUGCUCACAUAUAGAACCAAGUGUUAUAUAAACUAUUUACAUUUUUUUGUUCAUAUAUCUGUCUAAGAGUACACUUAACAAUAAUUAAUUGAUCACUAAGUUAAGUGCCUGACGCUGUGUGUUAAACUUGCAAGGAUGGUAAAACUCCUAUUCAAAUGUAUUUUUCUUUUAUUUUUGUAUCUUUAAAGCUUAAGACUUUUCCUGUAGUUCAAAUGCACCUUCACACGGGUUGCCUAAAUAGUUUAGUGAGCGACCACAAAGUUAUGACCCAUUUGUGAGGUUCAUUAGGACUGUCCAGCAACCACAAAGUUAUGGGACCACAGAGAAACGUACGUUACAUUAAAGCUCAGGCAAUCCCAAAAGCCUCAUAAUAUCAAAGACAAACUAACACAAAAAAACUUCAUCGACAUCUACAUCUACAUCUAUAGCAUCUGAAGACUAAUUAAGUUAAACUUGACAGAAUCAAUACAUAUUCACCAAUAAUAUGGUAAAGAAAAAUCCUAUACGUAGAGCAGAGCAGGAGCCACGCUUGAAAACUCCAAAGAACGUAAACAUAGAGGAACUCAGCGAGUGCUCAUAAACUCACCAGGUUCAACACCAAAAAAAAAAAAACAGGUCGAGUAGGUAGCCUCAAUUUACAUCAUUUCCAUUCAACAGUUUUGGAAUCUGUUCUUAACUCUUUAGUUCACCAUAUAAUUUACUUUCCAGUUUGACGUUAGGAAAUUACACUCUUUUUGUAACACAUAUUUCAUUAAUCAUAAAGAGGAAAUUACAUACUCACAAAUCCAAAUUUACAGCAGAAACAUUAAUCACACUGUCAACUCUCUUAAAAGCUUGUCUACCAAAGAUUCCCGAAACUCUUUCUACAAACGUUGUGGAGUACCCUGCUUCAUACGCAAGAUGUGAAGAUAUGGUUUCAAUUUCUGUAUCAUAACUUUCAAAAAAAAAAUUUAAUUAAAUGUGUGCAUUCAUCUGUUGUAAAUGAAAAGAAUUUUGAAGCAAAAUCUUUAUUAAACCGAACCAAAGGGAUUUGUUUCGCAGAGCCAGACCAUUCAUCACAUCGACACACCUUCAGCCAUGGAGCUUGGUUUCAGUCAAUAGAAUCUUUAACAGACUCAUACCAAGAGCUCUUACCACUGCAAAAUGAAAGAAUCAAAACAACAAUUCAAGUCUCAUUCAGACAAGAGUUUAUGUAAUUAUUACCAGAAUAUAUAUAUAUACCCAAAAAUGAGUCUUUUGUUGGCUCCCAAUCUUCCAAGAAGGCUUCAAGAUUGAGUUUAGUCCGAUAAUCAAAACGAAGCAGAAACUUUUUCAGGAAGAGUAUGUCGACACUCAUCAGUUCUCUCCCUAUCUUGAACCUGAGAACGCGGACCUCAACUGUGUUUGAACAACAACCAGCCUUCAAGUUGGCAAGAACCAGUACAGGAAUUAGCCAUUGUUGUUGGUAUCAAAGCUUUGCAACUAUAGGAAGAACAAAUUAGCAAAAAAAAAAAACAAACUAUAGAACAACUUCGUUUAGGAAAAAAGGCAAACCUACAUUAGCAGGGAGACAUGUAUCGUACAAAAUUAAAAAAAAUUAGCAAAACCUUCUCAUCAAGUGGAAGCGUGUCAACUCUCAUCAGUUCCUCUGCUUUCUUCAAUGUUCCAUAUUUCCCUGAAACGCAAAAAGACGCGUUACUACCGUUUGUGUAAUGAAGCAGAAGGGUUAAAACUGGUGAAGAUUGAGAUUCUGAGUUUUCUGCAUCCCUAUUUAUAAUUGAACAAAUUAGGGCUUAGUGAUGGAAAUUGGGAAAAGGGUAACUUAGAUCGACGCCAUGUGAGAGCUUCAAUGAGAGAGUUAAAGGUGAAUCUUAUUGAUAACGUUUCAUUGAAUACGAUAGAGUUUAGGAGUUUCAAGCAGACAGUCGAAGAAGGAGAAAGGUUACAUUGGGCUUUUUGUUCAUUUGUGAGAUUGGACAUUUAUCAUCUAAACUCUAACUUAAGCGUAGCCCACAUUGAACUUGUGAUAAGUUGCACGAGGAAGAGAAUGCUGACGUGUCGCAAAAUGCCCCUUCCUCCCUGAUGAUGUGGAGGCUUGUGGAGAGAGACAAGUCUCUUUUAUUAUAUAAGAUAUAAUGGCUAAAAUGAUGUAAAAGCCCUAAAACUACUCCCAAAUUAAUUUCCGUAUAACUUCCGUAAUUUUGAACAUUGCUAAAAACCUAAAAAGAAGAAAAGGAGAAACUGUAACUUUUUGUCGUGUUUGCCGUGAUUCUCAAGCUUUCCAAUCACAUAUUUAAUUGGGCCAUAGUAAGUCCAAUCACAUUAUAUUAAUUACAAAACCGAAAGCCAAGUUCCAUACCUCAGUCCUCACACUUUUUUUUUGACCGGAAAAAAAAAAUGUGAGGACUGAGGUAUGGAUUAUGGUUGCAUUGUAGAGGGAGCAAAAGGAGGUUGAAAUGGUUCUUGUUACAUUGGAUUCUUGGAACAAUAGUGUCAAUAGUUGGCAUUAUAAACAUAUAAACAGGUAUAAGGGCCUAUAAUAGGAAGACAUCAUCAAGCAGAGACUCAAGUCUUUGGACAAUCUUGUUCACAGCUCAACUAUAUUGUCUUAUCCUCUUCUAUCUAAUUCAAGACAAAAGGGAGCAUUUUCAAAAGCAAAGAGUUGUUCUUGAUAAUCAUCAAAACAAUAACACAAAUGGAAGAAGGAGUGAUAUUCAAGUGGUAACAAGAAGUGACCAUGAACAAAAGGUUUGGUUCCUCGACCUUGUCGCAAAAGUAACGCACUUGUGAAUCUGUUUAAAUCGAUUUGAUUAGUGUGAAAAUCAAUUAUAUAAGGACUUGACUUGAUCUUUUUGGAUGUAGUAGUCACUAUCACAUAUAUUUUUCAUACACUUUUUAUGAGGUAUGCUGUUGGAUCUGCUUUGGUUUGUUAUUGUAAAUACAUUUUUUCUUCGUAUAUUGCAUUUGAAUAGUAUAUUGUUUAACAUGAUAAAAUAAAAUAAAAUGAGAAAAGGUCGUUUUAAAGUGAAAAUGCGGGAUCUAUUUUUUCUCUUAAAAAGGGGUCAAAAUUUGGUGAUUUUCAAAGAUUCAGCACUAAGGUAUAUCAACGUAAUAAAAUAAAAACAAAAUUAGUUAAUCAACUCAAUAGGAAAACAUAUAGUUAAAAAAAAUUCAAUAAAAACAUCAUUUUACACUAGCUUUUCUUUGGGAGGUGACGUCAACAGGCUCUUCUAGCGAGAGUGGUCCAACUCCAACAUGAUUUAUUCAAGCUCUGUAUUGGUGUCAAUUAGGUGAAACAGAGAUGAUUUGAGAAUGAGGGUUUAAUAAUAGGUUAAGUUUGGAUGUAGAUUAAGCGAAAAAGUUUGAACUUAGGAUCAAGGGCAUGUAGUAGGACAGUAGGACUAUGUAUAGGACUUGUUUUGUAUUCAUUAGUUGAUUUUGAGUGUGGGAACGGUGAAAAGGGACAAGGUGGAGCUCAAAGCAAUUAAAGAGGGAGCAGUUAGCUACGCUUCCUUGGAGAAGAAGGCUCAGUUAUAUGAGAAGCUUGUAAGGGGAGAGCUUUCGGAUGAACAAGGGGAACAUAAGUACUGUGUGGAUUUCUUCAGGAAAGGAGUAGAACAUGGAGAAGAUUUUAUAAUUAUGGACUGUUUCAUCACCACCUGAAGAUUUGAAAGCAGAUGGUGAACAAGAUGAGGGUUCGUUGUUUGGCACGUGCGGUAGGGACAGCUGAUAUAAUAAGUCAACAUGUGUGUAUCAGGUAAGUUCCAUUGGUGACUCUCCUUUUUCUCUUUAAACAUCACAAAUAGAAGAAAGCAAAGCAAGUCCGUUUUUAUAGAUUUUACUCUGCGUUAGUAAUGAAAAAUCUGUUUAUGCAGAGAGGUUCAUCAAGAAGUGAAUCAAGCAGAGAGAAAAAGGCAACAGAGUUGAAUCAAAGGAGAAAAGAUCAGGCAACAAAUCGUCGGGAGAAACUCAAACAAGCCUAUCUUUGGAAACAGCUCGAGAAACUUAAAGCUCAACAACAACCGCAAUAACAAGGUAAGGGACAACAACUUGAUUUUUCCAUGUUUUCACUUAGCCAAGCUUUCGGAUACAGCACUCACACAACAAAAUGCAAUAGUCUAUUAGUUGUUGGUUAAAAUGAAUAAUCACACGAUGUUGUUCAACGGACAGUUUGGCCGAGUGGUCUAAGGCGCCAGAUUUAGGCUCUGGUCCGAAAGGGCGUGGGUUCAAAUCCCACAGCUGUCAUAUUUUCAUUUUUUUUUGUUUAUAUAUUUCAGAGUGAGAAAUAAUAUCUAAGCAAUAAACGAAUUUGUUCGAAAAAAUCAAAUAAGGCAGAACCAUGUUUGUUAUGGUACGGCGCGUAGUUGAUCUUAAAUAUAGUUGUGACCAAAUAUAUGUCUCGGCGAGAUUCAGACAUUCAGUACAACAAUCAACUAUGAAAGAAUCUUCAGCGCGUAGCUUGUACAACAAAAACUCAGCUGCAUAAGCAAGAAUUAAAAAGAAAACAUAUAUCACGAUAGGGAAGAUAAUUUAAAGGAACAAACCAACAAACCCUCUACCGGCAUCCGAGUUCUUCUCAGUUGCUUCCUUUUAAUCAAAUUACCAUUCCACCUCGUUUGGAGUUUUCUCUACACCAAUCCGUUUUAUUUAACACCACAUAUAUUAAUCAGACGGAUUCUCUAAGGAGGAGAGCCAGAGUUCAUGUUACAUAGACUAGCUUUUGCUCACAAGUCAGCAGAAGCAUUACAUGCUCUUGAAUGAACGAAAAGGAACAGGCGAUAAAAGAAGAAGAUAGAUGCUCCAUAUCCCAUUCCAUUACAUCGUUGAAUAACCAACUCGACUUAAUUCGGUUAUCUUCAACUUAACCAAACCCGAAUCGGAUCUCUCGUUUAACAUUAUCAAGAGCAAUUAUUCUAGAACGGAAUGGUUGGAAUUUUGAUAAAGAAUUCGCUUUAGGUCAAUGUUUAUUUCUUUAUAAAUUUUUACUAAAUUAUAGAGUCAUGUUCCACUUACCUACGUCCCCUUGCAUUAUAAAAUGACCAUGCAUGUCCAGUCUCCCGAGGAUGACUUUGGUCCAGUGGACACAAAUAUGGACCAACGGUAGUUGAACAGAGAAUUGGAAAUCAAAAGAAAAAGUAUUAUUGGAAAUCCUUUUUCUACUAAGAAAUAGAUCUUUGGGAAUUGGGAUCAUGUUAUGAAACUUUUUCAUUCAAAAAGUUCCCGGAAAAUUCCUAUGAAUUGUAAAAGGUAGUAGUUAAAUUAUUUGUUUCCUUCCUAAGUUCAUAUACGUAUAAUUAUUAUUUAUAUAAUCACUAGUUGCUGACUAAUUGUUUUUUUAUGAACGAUCUAAUCACAAGUCACCCAUUUCUACUAACCAACGAGGAAGAAGCAAUAUAACAUUUUCUUAUUCCCGUUUAUAUUAUACUCCCUAGUUGGUUACUCAUCUUUCGCUUUUGAACUCUUAAUUAUCACCAUGUUCUCCUACUAAGUACUAACACAAACUCAGAGAUUACUCUUAGUAUUCAGUCUUUGCAACGUUUUAUUUUAUAUCUCUUUAUUCCAAUGGCGCAGAGGUUGCAAUUGAUCUUCCUCCUUGCUUCAUAUUUGUUCUUUUCGGGAGUGUUGUCAAUAAGUAUCCUUACCAUAGAGAACAAAUGCAACCAAACAGUUUGGCCAGUUAUCUUCUCAUGGAAAUCACAGCUCACCACCACCGGCUUCACUCUCCGGAGAGGCGAGGCGCGUGCCCUACAAGCGCCAUCGUCAUGGUACGGUCUUAUAUCCGGUAGGACGCUUUGCUCAAACGACUCAACAGGAAACUUCACAUGCGCCACGGGAGACUGCGAGUCAAACACCAUCGAGUGUCUAGGCUCAUACGGUUGGUCUAAGGUGACUUAUGUCUACUUUAGAAUCGAUUACGGCGGAACCAACAGCCACAUCAUCAGUCUUGAGCACGGUUACAACCUUCCUGUGAUGGUGGCCCCAUCACAGAGUAGUCCAACGUGCUUUAGCUCGGGUUGUAUGGCUGACUUGAACAGGACGUGCCCAGAUAAUCUUAAGAUAUUUGACGGUGCUAAACCAACCAGUUGUAGUAGCGCGUGCAAACAAUCCCGAACACCGGAAGAUUGUUGCACAAACUACUUCCAGUCAAAGCAAAACUGCAAGCCGACAGUAUACACGCAGAACUUUGAGUUAGCUUGCCCAUACGCAUAUAGCUACCCUUACAACGAUAAUAACAGCACAUUUACAUGCCCAAACUCGACUAACUACGUUAUUACGUUUUGCCCAUCCUCUAUUCCCGACAUUCCCAGCAGCAUGAAAUUACUAAUUUCUUUCUUCGUCUACGGUGAAAAAAAUAAUCUGGAUCCGUGUGAUAGAAGCUCAAUGGCAGGAGGGAAAGAAAGUUCUGUACGGAAGUUAGGACCCAUACUCGGAGGUAUAGCAGCUGUAGCUUUGAUAAUCAUCAUUGUUGCGAUUGUGGUAGUGGUGAGAAGAAGGCGUUAUUCGACCGACGAGAACAUUGAAGCGGCUAUAAUGUUGAAACGAUAUAGUUACGAAAACGUCAAGGACAUGACAAACUCGUUUGCUCAUGUUCUAGGGAAAGGAGGAUUUGGAACAGUCUAUAAAGGAAAACUACCCGAUGCUAGCGGCCGAGAUAUUGCACUAAAGAUCUUGGAUGAUUCAAAGGGCAAUGGAGAAGAUUUCAUCAAUGAAUUAGCCAGCAUGAGUAGAGCAUCUCAUGUUAAUAUCGUCUCUCUGUUUGGAUUCUGCUAUGAAGGGAGCAAGAGAGCUAUCGUCUACGAGUUCAUGCCCAAUGGAUCACUCGACAAGUAUAUCUCGCAGAAUAUGUCAACCAAGAUGGACUGGAAAAAUUUAUACAACAUUGCGGUUGGCGUAGCUCGUGGGUUAGAGUACUUGCACAACAGUUGUGUAUCGAAGAUUGUGCAUUUCGAUAUAAAGCCACAAAACAUACUCAUGGAUGGAGAUUUGUGCCCGAAGAUUUCGGACUUUGGCCUUGCUAAGCUAUGCAAAAACAAAGAGAGUAUCGUGUCGUUGCUGGACGCAAGAGGGACAAUAGGUUACAUUGCUCCUGAAGUGUUUUCCAAGAACUUUGGUGAAGCGUCUCAUAAGUCAGAUGUGUAUAGCUAUGGAAUGGUGGUUCUCGAGAUGAUCGGGGCAAAGAACAAAAGAAGAGCUGAAACUUCUAGGUUCAAUCCAAGUUCAAUGAACUUUCCGGAAUGGAUCUAUGAUGAUCUCGAGAGGAAGGAAACCGUUAGACUUGUGGGAGAUCAUAUAAUGGAAGAAGAAGAAGAGAAGAUAGUGAAGAAAAUGGCAUUGGUGGGUUUGUGGUGUAUUCAGACCAAUCCACUUGAUCGUCCACCAAUAAGAAAAGUCAUUGGGAUGUUAGAGGGAAGUCUAGAAGCUCUCCAGGCACCACCCAAGCCUCUCUUUGAUUCACAUCUGGUAGCGGCUUGGGAAACUAUUAAGGACAGCCAAGAUACUUCUAGUAUCUCAACACAAAGCUUGUUAGAGAGAAAAGCUCUUAGGCCCGGCCAAGAUACUUUAAUCGUUUCCAGAGAAGAGGUUUAAGAUAGUGUGAAACAGAAACAAGAUAUUUCAUAUUCCUCGUACGUAAAACCAAAGCCAACAAGAAAGUCAUCAAAAUCUUGGGAUCUGCUUGUUGGUUUCUUGAUGAAACUUAUAUAAUUUUUUGUUGAUCUUUAACGUUUUACAAUUAUUUUAGUGUGAAGUUGUGUUAGAAUUAUACUCCAAGAUCUUCAAGAUUAAAUUAGUCUUCGUUCAUAGUUUAUGAGUGCUAGUGAAAAAAAAAAUGAUGCAUGUUAGAUUAUCGAGAGAGAAAGAAACAAGUAUGAAAUGUUUAUUAAUGUAUAGAAUUCAUUCUUCAUCAAACAAAGGGAGGUGUAUGAAAUCUAUGCUCAUCAAUAUCUCCAUCAGUCUGAUCCCUAUGAUAAUUGUCAAACCUAUAAGUUGAAGAUGAACACAAAACUAUGUAAUGGGUAACGCACAGUGAGAAACAAAAUGAAGUCCAAUAAAAAACAAGGCUGCACCAAAACAGUCAUUUUUUAAUGGGAACUCAUCAAAUAAAGAAAAUUUGGUAUCACGCUUUGUUUUUAAGGCCAAAUAAAUUACAUAUUAGGUCUUCAAUAUUUGCAAGCGACUAAAAAAAGAAACCAAACCAUUGCAGUGGCGAACUAAAGCAGAGUAUUUAGGGAUGAAAUAAAUAUUUGCAUUACAUAUAAAAUAAGUUAUAAAUCCUAGAAGAGCAUCUUCAUCUUCUUUCACUCGUCGUCAGAGAAGGUAGUCUUCUUACCAUAACCAUAUUCCAUCACCUUUUUUAUACUCAGAAUGGGUUUGGGCUUCUGACCAAAAAGGCUUUUUUCGCAAAGGCUAUCUUCAUACCUUGAUUAUAAAAAACACAUAUACCAAAAAAAAAA